AGGAUUGGUGUUGCAUGCUGUGGGUGUUUUUAGAGCGUCGACGUCUUCUUCUCGAUAACUCUCGACUUUUUUUUGGCGUUCUCUUUCCCUUGUAUGGUCGCUUGCAAAGUUAGAGCAUAGGCCUCUUGUCUAACGUAGGUUGCAACCAGAUUUUAGCUGAGGUUGAGUCAUCCACGUCUUCUCUACGAAGGCGCUUUCAUGAAAAAAAAAUUCAUUUGUUGACUCGAAGUAGGUGGAUUGAGGAAAAUCUGACGCUCGUUUCCCACUCCGAUUGAUCGCCUGAAAUAAUACAGCUGUCUUUUUGGUGACUGGCAGAGACGUUCCAUGUUCUUAUAGUAUAGCUAGUAAUGAUAGAAAAUUCCAGGAGUCGUGCAUGUAGUUGGCGAACCAGGACCAAUUCACGGGAGCCCUUCCGUGUUGUCUGUGCUUGUGAAAGUUGCAUGGAGAGUCGCAUCUCUAGGUUUUGAAGGUCCUUGAGGUCUGCUGAUAGUUAUAGGCUGCCUCUGUGCACGUAUCUACUUGCAUGAUGGUAGCUUUUGAGAGGUUUUUGUUGAGAGGUUGGCUGUAGAGCUCGGUGCAGUUUUGCAGGCUUCGAAAUAGCUGACAUCGUCUUACCAGGUCGCUUGCAGCGGAUUCUCAGAAGUGGAAGGUUAAGGUUCUGAUGUUUCCUCCAAUUUCGAGUGGAAGUAUAAGACCUACCUUUGGUAUAGUAGCACUCUAUCAUCUGGAAAGGAUCACGCUGGGACCGGAUUAUCACAGGAACAGGGGGGAAGUGUUAUUCACAGAGCCAUGAGUUCGUUUCCUAAGCAGAGAGUGGCAAUUAUCACUUUCGUUUACUGCUUUGCGGUUGCUAUAAUUUGUGGCACGUGGUCCCCCGAUGGCAACUUCGGUCGGUCAAGCGGGUUUGCGCUAGAAUUACAGCCCGUUUUGGGAGAACCAGAAGAUGGAUCGUCAAUUUCAUCUUCCUACGGAGCUUUGACGGUGGGUGCACGGAAGCUGACUGAAGCCAAAGCUGAAACUGAUCCAUCUGAGGAGAAGAAAGUGUCAUCGGAUUCGAUCUUCUCGCUGGAAAUUACGGAAGAUGAUCAUGUUGUGCUUGACCUCCGAAGCACCCUCCCUAGGCUUUACCACUCUCCUGAAUUCUUUGCCAUGAACUACAAUGAUAUGGCCAAAAAUCUGCGCAUCUAUCUUUACCCAGCCUCACAGAACUACAACUUCACUCAGUACGAGUAUGGGAUGAAUCCCUCCGAGAUGGUUUCAGAACUCGGGGUAGAAACCAGCAGCACUACAGAUACCUUCUUCAAUUUGCUCGUCGAGAGCAAACGUUUCGUCACUGACGACGCCGACGGCGCUCAUUUGUAUUUCCUGCCAAUCUCAAUCGACCGCGUCUGGGCCGCUGUUGGCCCUGCUAAGGUCGGUGAACAUCUUCGCCACUACUUGCAAUGGUUGAGGAACACGUACAAAUUGUGGGACCUGUCACUGGGAGCAGAUCAUUUCUACUUCUCAAGCCACGCAUACGAUCCCAUCAACCAUCGCAACAACCUAGAGCUCACGAAGAACGCCAUCCAGGUCGCGAGCUCACCGCUCCGUCGUAAUCAAAACUUUUUCCCCCACAAGGACAUCUCACUGCCUUCCUACAAAUCCCAGCACAUAGCAGAAGUGCAAAAUUUGGUGGGAGCGAGCCAAAGACCGAAGUUAGUUUUCGUCAGCAGCCCUCCGGAAGACAUCGACCCCAUCGUCGCAUCCGUGAUUCAAAAGUGGACCUCCGACUCCGACUUCCACGUCGAAUCUGCAGACCAGCCAUCUCCCCCAUUCGAAAAGCUACUCUCCAGCCGGUUCUGCGUGAGUGUUUCCCCGCAAGCAAUGCUCAACGUUGUGGACUCCCUACGACUCGGCUGCGUGCCCGUCCUGAUCGCGGACUCCAUCAUCUACGAUCUCCCAUUCCAAGACGUCCUCAACUGGAAAGAAUUCUCGGUGGUGCUUGGCGUCAAGGAGUCUCCCAACUUGAAGACUCUUUUGAGCAGUAUUUCAACCGAUGAAUAUCGCAAAAUGCAGUACCUCGGCCACCAAGCCAGCAAGCACAUGGAGUGGAAUGAUCCUCCAAAACCGUGGGAUGCUUUCCACAUGACUCUGCAUGAGCUUUGGGUUCGGCGACACAGCAUCAAGUACGCACGCCGCAACGAAGAUUCACCGUCGCAACCCCAACGGUAAUCUGUCUCCGAACUACUGACAGAUCCUUGGCUGUCUUGAUUGAACUACUAUUAUUUACAGUCAUAGUGAUAGACACGUAAUACAUUCAAUUCGGUAACCUCCACAUAAGAUCAUGGAAGUGUAUAUAGAAAUGACACAAUUGUUAAAGACGAUAGUCGGUUAAAAGUAGAAGGUAUAAACACAUGUGUACAAUAGACACAUCCCCACUUUGAAGUUCCGUUCCAAUAAAUUCCAGAGGAAGAUGCUUUGAGGUAA